AGAGCCAAACCAAGGCAAUAUAUAUAUACACAGCCCAUGUGUGAAUGCAAAUAGUGUAUAUUUCAACAUACCUUUAAAACUGUGUCACUCAGGUAUGGUGCGUUCAAACUAUAGUACACACAGCAUUAUGCAAUUUAACUAAAAGUAACAUCAGGGAACAGUUAAAAACACCAAAGAUAAUACGUUUUUAUUGCAAAUAUUAUGCCUAGGUCUGAAAGUUUACUGAACAUUCCUCAUAGUCUUAUGUCAGAUAUUUUCCAAAGACAGAAAGGAAGAUAGAAAGAUAAAUAGGCGUGUAGUUUUGAUGAUGGGAAAGAAAAAAGAUUCUAGGUUCUAGUCGUCAAUUCCGUAUAGGUAUAAUAGGCCUAUUCUGUUUUGUUUUAUUCUUGCAGGUAACUCCUCAACUUGGCAGGCGGGAUGGAAUGUAGCAAACUGUAUGCAAGGCAUCGGUAUACUCAGUCUACCUUACACCAUCAAACAAGGUGGUCUUGCCGCCCUCAUUAGCAUAGCUGCUGUUUUAUUUAUAGGAAACUAUACAAGCAAGAUCUUAGUACAAUGUUUAUAUGAAGAAGAGCGUCUUGCAAAUGGAAAGAUUCGACGAGUUCGUGUGCGUAACACAUAUUCAGAUCUUGCAGAUGAAAUGCACAAAUAUGGUGGAACACUUUUGAAUAUUAUGCAAAUUAUCGACGUCACAGCAGUAGCAACACUUUACUUGGAGUUAUCAGGCUCGCUAUUGGUUGACACUUUUCCGUAUGCUGGAAUCUCCAAGCUCAGUUGGAUUGUUAUAUCAACUGUAGUUUUAUUGCCAACUAUAUUUUUCCGAAACUUGACUCGUAUAGCAUGGCUAAGUCUAAUUGCGGUCGUAUCGCUUAUUGUUAUGUACUUUAGUGUUGUAUGGUAUAGUUUUGGUAAGAGUUUAAUGUGGGAUUUAUCAGAGAUUCCACCGUUUCAGCUACAAGGAUUUGCGGUGAGUUCUUCAAUUAUUUUAUUUAACUUUGGCACACAGUUUAUUAUGCCUGGGGUGGAGGAGAGCAUGACACACAAAUCAAGUUUCAACAUAAUGGUGGACAUAACAUAUUUCAUUACGGGCGUUCUGAAUACCAGCUACGCAUUUUUUGCAUACAUUACGUUUGGUGAGGAUACCAAGGAAUUUAUAACAUACAAUAUGCCGCUAGGACUUCUACAAGGACUUGUCAGUAUGCUGUUCGUUAUCAAAUCACUUUUAUCUUAUCCGUUAAUGAUCUUCAUUGUCGUCAACUCGUUAGAUGCAAUGCAACUCCACGUUCUACCUCCUUGCUACUCCUCAAACCCAGACAAGCGCCCUCCCAACUGGGCUAUGAUUUUCCGCACCCUACUUGUCCUCUUCACAUUAUUCUUAGCAAUCGUAAUCCCUCAUUACACAUUGUUGAUGGGUGUGACAGGGAGUCUGACUGCCCCUUGGCUGGAUUUUAUUUUGCCAUGUUUAUUUCAUCUGAAAUUGAAAUGGCAUAGAUUAACAGGGAAACAGGUUUUUAUGGAUAUCGUCGUGAUAUUUGUAGCUUUAUUUGGCGGAAUUGUUGGAUUAUUUUAUUCAUCUAAAGCUCUCAUUCAAGCAUAUAUUGAAGACUUCUCAUAACGAUUUAUUGGAUUAUUAUUAAGCUCUACACUUACUGUACUACUGUUACCCAAGGCAUGCUUUAUCAAAACUUUGAGUUGGCAAUAAUCGAGUACAUGGACAGGGGCACUAGUGACUGCCUUGACACUGUCUUUCACUUUCAAAAGCAUCCUUAGAUUAAAGUUUUGAUGCAUAAUCACAAAAGAUGUAGUUUCUUCUAGAGGAAAAUUUUUAGUAAGGAAAAAUAGCAAUAAAUCCUUAUUCUGAUAAAAUAAAUUACAUCUGCCUUAAACACGUUUUUAUUUUGUUCAAAAUAAUGCACUAUAUAUUGUAUUAUUAAUGCAUAUAUUUUAUUGAAUAAUAGCAAUAGAAUAGUGCAAUAACGAAUUUUAAUGGAAUGCAUUGUAAUAACACCACAUUAAUGGAUUAAAAAAAAUAAAGUAAUAUACAAAUAGCAUACCGAAGACACUUAAAGGGAGACAACUUAAUUGCCAUCACCAUCACCACUACCAACACCAUCAUCACCACCUUUACCACUAUCAUCAUCAUCACCACCCUUAUCAUCUUCACCGUCAUUAUGAUCAUCGUCACCUUCAUUAUUAUCAUCAUCAUCAUCAUUAUCAGGAUGAUGAUGAUGAUGGAUCACAGAUAUAGAUUUUUAAGCUUUGAGCCAUAGGAUGUCAUAGAUGGUAGGAAAACUGAUGUGGUGCAUGAAAUAUAAUGAUUAAAGUAUAUUAUAUAUACAACUCUUUAGAAUUAAGAAAUGAACCCUCCUAUGAUGUAAAGUGAUAUAAUUUUACCUUUCUCGUUGUUUAUAUAUUAACGAUUGUUUACCUCGUACCUGUAUAUUUCUGGGAUUUUAUUUUUUACAGCUUAGAUUAAAUGUAGAUGUGACAUUUUACGUUCAUCAUGUUCUCAAAGAUAGGAUGUCAAGAUGUCAAGUUUAAGAAAACAAAAUGUUAUGAAAUUAAAGAUAAUAUUGAAAUAA